GUACAAUUGAUGAGUAUGAGUAACAAAGACUGAAACCACAACUCCGAUGGCCUUAUCCACUCUCUCCCCACCCUUCACCACUCACUCCACCUCCUCUUUGCUCCACCACCCCUCCGCCGCCGCCCCUUUUCCGGCCAGCAACCACAGCACCUCUCUGUCAACCUCUCCUACUCCACCAGUUUUGCUCAAAUGGAGAGCAAAUGUGUCCUUCUUCACUGGCUUCCUCAACAACAACAAAACCAAGAAUCCAGAACCCAUCAAGCAAGAGCUUCUAGAGGCUAUCCAGCCCCUCGACCGCGGCGCCGAAGCCACCCCUGAAGAUCAGCAAUUCAUCGAUCAGAUAGCUCGGAAAUUAGAAGCUGCAAAUCCAACAAAAGAGCCUCUCAAAUCUGAUCUGCUCAAUGGCAAGUGGGAGCUUAUCUACACCACUUCACAGUCUAUUUUGCAGACCACUAGGCCUAAAUUGUUGAGAAGUAGAAGGAACUUUCAAGCAAUCAACGCAGAUAUCCUUCGAGCUCAAAACAUGGAAUCCGCGCCCUUCUUCAAUCAGGUCACUGCAGAUUUGACACCUCUGAAUCCCAAGAAAGUCGCUGUCAAGUUCGACUAUUUCAAGAUUGGAGGUUUGAUACCUGUUAAGGCUCCCGAGACUGCUGUGGGCGAGCUUGAGAUCACCUACUUGGAUCAAGAGUUGAGAGUUUCGAGAGGUGACAAAGGCAAUCUAUUCGUUCUCAAAAUGAUCGAUCCUUCGUAUAGAAUACCUUCUAAAUGAUCAAGCAAGGAUUUUGGCUUCUUCAUAUAUUUGUGUUACACUUCUUUUCCUUUUUUCACAUACAUCAUAGGAAACUUUACAUAUUUUGCUCAUUGUAUUAUAUAGCCUAUCAACUCAAGUCCUUGUGUAAAAAGAAACAGCAUUGCACAAAUUUAUUAACUGCUAUUGAAACAUAGUUUCACA